AUGAAAAAUCCACCCCGAAAGCAGAGACGAUGUAUAUGCGAUACCGAAGGCCUAUUGAAGCGCAUAACAGGCCAUCCACCACCGCUACAAUCUACGGAACUAAAUAAAAUACGCCUUGGGCUUUUCACCGAAAGAAAUUCUGAUGGCUCUGCAUAUUUAGUACUACGCGGCAAAGAUAUCUACGACAGAUAUAAGAAACGCAUAUGCGACGCUGACAUCCGAGCAAUAUACCUGUACAUACGCGAUUCCCCGAAACGAAUAACGAAGCUCGAUCUAGCGUACAACAAAAUAACAGAUGUCGGCUUCUUCAAACUGUUGAAAAAACUGCUCGUGAAAGGCCGCUCCAGCAUCAUAAACCUCAACAUUAUGAACAACAACCUAACGGAGACAUCCGUUUUAAAUCUGUCGAAAUACGCGGAACAUUUGAAACUGAAAUAUCUCAGGAUCAAUGGAAAUGAUUUCGGUUCGAACGGCGGUGAAUAUUUCGCCGAUUUCCUCAUUUGCUAUCAAAUAUGUCACCGGGAACUGUGCAUUGCAGUGUUAAGAACAAAUGUUGGAAUGUUUGCACCUGAGCUGCAGCAACAUAUUAUUUCCAACAACACUUGA